UCCAACAAUUGAACUCUUUUGACUACAAUUUCCCCAAGAAAACCAGGAGUGAGAGACAAAAGACAGAGAGAUGGGAAGAAAACCUUGUUGUUCAAAGGAUGCUGGAUUGAACAGAGGGGCAUGGACACCGAUGGAAGACAAAAUUCUCGCCGAAUACAUCGAAAUUCACGGCGAAGGGAAUUGGAGAAGCCUUCCUGAAAGAUCCGGGCUCAAGAGAUGUGGGAAGAGUUGCAGGCUAAGAUGGGUGAAUUAUCUAAGACCCGGUAUUAAAAGAGGAAGGAUUAGUGAAGAGGAAGAUGAUCUCAUAAUUAGGCUUCACAAGCUCCUUGGCAACAGAUGGUCCUUAAUAGCUGGGAGGCUUCCAGGCCGAACUGACAAUGAAAUCAAGAAUUAUUGGCACACGAAACUCGGAAAAGCAAUCAAGCCUAAGCAAUCUGGAUCAAAGCCAACCAAGAAACAGAAUCUCCCUGCGCCAAAACCCCGCAGAAACAGCGAUAUAAAGACAAGUGUGGUUCGAACAAAGGCAGUAAGGCCUUCCAAACCAAUCAUUAUGAUCCCAAGCUCCGCAGAAUCAGAAGAAGAAAAGCUUCAUGACCAGUUUGAUCGUAGUGGUACCAGUAGUACAGGUACCAGUGCUGGGAUUGAGUCAUCGCCGAGCUCAUCGAUUAACUCGGAGGAAAAUGACCAACUGGCUGAUUUUGGGAUUGCCGAUUUUGAGAUGGACCAACAUUUUCUUUCUGAUUUUCUCAACACCGAUUGGUCCGAGCUAACUGAAAAUCACGAGGGUGACCAGAACAGCUCAUUUGGUAAUAUUUAUGGCAGAGACCAAAUAAUUUCCUCAACACCCUCAGAGGAGACACCUCCACAUGGCUUCGAUUUUGAAUCAGUGGCUUCUCAAAUCGAUUUUGAUCACUUCGAUAGGUGGCUUCAAGUUUAAGUAUUAAUUACACCAAAGUGAUGACUCAAGAGUAUUUUUACUAAUUUCUCUCGAACAUAACAAAGAAUUCCUUGUAUUCUUUUGUUUUUCCUGUUUAUAAAUUGGGGGAUCGAACUGGCCCCUUCUCAAACUCAAGUCCCGCUCCACCCUACUCGUGUCGUUUGAGCAAGUGGUCGUUGGCAAAAUUCCUUGUAUCUAAUACUUUGUAAAAGGAUUACUUUAGUUUGAUCCAUUGUAGAAGUUGGAUAAAAAGAGUACAUGGCAUGAACACUAUUUUCUUUU